AUGACAGGUCGACCCCCUUCUCCCUCCCCCAUUUUCCCGUCUCUGUGCAUCCCAACCCCAACUAGGAAUGUCGACCCCCAGUCGUACCCGUCGUUCGCGCGGCGGAUGGUAGCAAACCCCCCUCCCAUCCACUUGCUUUCUUUUGUAUUUCAAGCUGCAGCUGAUAGCUUUGACCGUCAUAGUUGGACAUGCAAGGCGAAGCAUCGCAAGUGUGACCGUUGCCGUCCAACGUGCCAAGCCUGCACCGAUCAGGGAAUACCAUGCGACGGCUACGAAGUGCGUCUGCGCUGGGGAUCCGGCAUUGCAUCGCGAGGUCUUUAUGCCGGCGCCGAGGCACCAGUAGACACGUCGAUUCCGCCGAGGGUUCCUGGGCGUCGGAGAGACCGAAUUCGAGCUCGGCGGGCACAGCAGGAAGGCGAAAUACGGACGCAGGUGACCGAAGUCACUUCGUCUCAAGACUAUGCUCAAGAAGAUUCCAGACCUAGCCCGGCAUCAUUCUCCUUCUCGAGCCCCGGUCAUAGCAAGGAUGAUGAACAGCUCUUCCAAGACUUCCACGACGAACAGAUAUUGUUGAAACUACGUCUUCCCGCCCUAUGCCAAAAGUCCGAAGCGCUGUAUCGAAUUUGCAUUGCUUUGCAAGCAUCACUAAGCGGAAAACCAGCCGCCUGCUCCCUCGAGUAUCUUGAAGUCGGUCUAAAUAAAUUCCGCGCAGAGCUUUCCGAGAGCGAGGGCAAUCUGGAGGAUGGGACUUUGACAGCGGGACUGCUCUUGUGUACGCUUGGAGUUAUGCACGGCAUUCCAUGGACAAUGCACCUGCGAGGGAUGUACACCAUUCUUCGCAUGCACGAUGUUGAAGGUCCACAAAAACACCAAGAACGAGGUGCAUUCCGCGCCCAUCUGUUCGAGGUGAUGGGUAUCAUGGACCUCCCCACAUUUUCAAUCGGUCGUCGGCACCCACAUCUUGGCUUCUGGAGACGAUAUUGUUGUAAGGGAAAGUCUCCCGCAGAGAUCGAGACCGGGGUUGAGGUUGUAACUGGCCUACCAAGGUCUCUGUUGACUAUCUUCGCAUUCAUUGGCAAGGGUACAACAGAGAUAUGUUUCUGGGAUUGGCCAGGCGCACAGGGAACUUUCAUUCAGUGUCAAUUGUGGGAGGCGUAUCGACUGGCUGGAGUGUGGGUUGUUCGACAUGGGGGACCAGGCUUCCCACGCCCUUCAGGUACAGAAGCAACGCUUGACCCGGCCAUGCGAAGAGGAGUCACUCUCACCUCCACAUCUGUUAUAGUUUCACGGCUCUUAAGUUCAGUGGAUGCCGUAUGUCGCGCCACUUUAGACCCAGAACGCUGGGACACGCUCAUCAUCAAUGCCAUUGCGUAUCCGGUCUGUGUCGCCGGGCUACAGAGUGGUAUUUUGCAAAGGGAUCCAGCAAUGAAGGAAUUAGUACGAAAGAACCUGCUUCUAACCGCCGAGGGCCCAAUCUGGAACAGGCAAUAUCGCCUUCUCCUGAACUUGCUCGAGGAGUACUGGACGUACCCAGUGGGAGCAGUUGAUAUUGACCAACUUGCACAGGCGAGGGGCGUUGAGUUGGGAUUAUUUUAG